AUAAGAGAAGUGUGUGUGAGACGAAAGUUAUCAUAUUUCAUAUAAUUAUAUCGAAUAAUAAAGAGAAAAAAAGUUCAGAAGAAAUGGAGAAAGAUGGACUCGAGCUUGAGAUAACGGAGCUGAGAUUGGGUCUUCCGGGGAGAGAUGUGGCGGAGAAGCUGAUGAAGAAAAGAGCUUUCACGGAGAUGAUCAUGACGUCUUCUGGUAGUAAUAGUGAUCAAUGUGAAAGCGGCGUCGUUUCAUCAGGUGGUGACGUGGAGAAGGUUGCUAGUGAUUCUCCGGCGGCGAAAAGUCAGGUGGUGGGGUGGCCGCCGGUUUGCUCUUACCGGAAGAAAAACAGCUGUAAGGAAACUUCGACGACGAAAGUGGGAUUAGGGUAUGUGAAAGUGAGCAUGGAUGGUGUGCCUUACUUGAGGAAGAUGGAUCUUGGUUCAAGCCAAGGUUACUAUGAUUUAGCCUUUGCUCUCGAUAAGCUCUUCGGUUUCCGUGGCAUCGGAGUGGCCUUGAAAGAUGGUGAUAACUGCGAAUACGUUACCAUAUACGAAGACAAAGAUGGAGAUUGGAUGCUCGCUGGAGAUGUACCUUGGGGAAUGUUCAUAGAGUCGUGCAAGAGGCUGAGGAUUAUGAAAAGAUCGGAUGCUACAGGUUUUGGGUUGCAGCCUAGAGGAGUAGACGAGUGAUGAUGACUUGAAGAAGAAGCAAGAAGCUGGUUAAUUAAUUUAACCUUUAAACUUGAUCAAGAUCCUUUAGAACAUUUUUCCUAUUCAUGUUAUAUAAAUAUUUGUUAUAGUACUAUUCUGCAACAGAAUUCAAGUUAUGGUUUGUAUGAUUAUUUUCAGAAAGACAGCUAUAUACAUACACUACUUUGUUUCUUGAAUGUUGAGUCAAGACAUUAUCAUUUGUUUAAAUUUUACCGUUAUUGAGAU